AUGGGUAUCUUAGAAAAGAUAUCAGAAAUUGAAAAAGAAAUUGCUAGAACCCAAAAGAAUAAAGCUACUGAAUAUCAUUUGGGUCUGCUAAAAGCCAAACUAGCAAAAUAUAGAUCACAACUCCUUGAACCAUCAAAAAAAGGUGGCGACAAAGGAGAAGGCUUUGAUGUUCUCAAAUCAGGCGAUGCUAGAGUUGCCCUAAUUGGCUUCCCAUCAGUCGGUAAGUCAACUCUGUUGUCCACACUAACUCAUACACAUUCGGAAGCUGCUAGUUAUGAGUUCACAACUCUCACAUGUAUACCAGGAGUAAUUGAAUACAGAGGAGCUAAUAUACAACUACUUGAUUUACCGGGUAUUAUUGAAGGUGCUGCGCAGGGAAAAGGUAGAGGUAGGCAGGUAAUAGCAGUUGCCCGAACAGCAGACUUGGUGUUAAUGAUGUUAGAUGCUACCAAGCCCUAUGUUCACCGUCAGCUGCUUGAAAAGGAACUGGAGAGUGUUGGAAUUAGGCUGAAUAAGAAUAAACCUAAUAUUUAUUUUAAAGUGAAAAAGGGUGGUGGGCUGUCCUUCAAUUCAACAUGUCAACUCACAAAAGUGGAUGAAAAAAUGGUGCAAAUGAUCCUUCAUGAAUAUAAAAUAUUCAACGCUGAGGUAUUAUUCCGUGAAGACUGCACUGCAGAUGAAUUAAUUGAUGUUAUCUUAGCUAACAGGGUGUACCUACCUUGUCUGUAUGUAUACAAUAAGAUAGAUCAGAUUUCAAUUCAAGAGGUUGACAGGAUAGCCCGACAGCCUCACUCCAUAGUAGUCAGUUGUAAUAUGAAACUCAAUUUGGAUUACCUUUUGGAGACACUUUGGGAGUACUUGUCACUUAUCAGAGUCUAUACCAAGAAGCCAGGACAGCCCCCAGAUUUUGAUGAUGGUCUUAUUUUAAGAAAGGGAGUAACAAUAGAACAUGUCUGCCACUCUAUUCAUCGUACAUUAGCGGCGCAAUUAAAGUAUGCUUUGGUGUGGGGGACCAGCACCAAGUAUUCCCCCCAACGCGUCGGCAUACACCACACUGUUCAGGAUGAAGAUGUAGUUCAACUUAUCAAAAAAUAA